AUGUCCCGACCCCUUUGCCUUGCAGCCCUGGAGUUUAUCCGAGGCACCCUGAUCGCUCAGCCCUACAGCCCCAUGAUCGUGCUGCUGCCCUUCACAGGGGGGUACAGCCACACCCUCAACUCUGUCUGCAGGCUGCUGGUCCGGACCGGGGUGGUGCUCAUCGCAGCCGCGGGGAACUACUGGGACGAUGCCUGUCUGAACUCUCCAGCCUCUGAACCAGAGGUCAUCACGGCCUCAGGGACCAACUUUGGCCGCUGUGUGGAUAUCUUCGCCCCCGGAGACGACAUCGUCAGCGCAUCCAGCGACUGCACCACCUGCUUCACCUCCAAGAGCGGGACGUCACAAGCUGCUGCCCACGUGGCAGGUGAGCAAAAAAAAUCUCAGUUGCACUUUGAUUGCACUGCACGCAUGACGUAGUGUUUUAAUGCACUGCACGCAUGACGUAUUGUUUUACUGCACUGCACGCAUGACGUAGUGUUUUAAUGCACUGCACGCAUGACGUAUGGUUUUACUGCACUGCACGCAUGACGUAUUGUUUUAAUGCACUGCACGCAUGACGUAUUGUUUUACUGCACUGCACGCAUGACGUAUUGUUUUAUUGCACUGCACGCAUGGCGUAUUGUUUUACUGCACUGCACGCAUUCCCACACCCACUAAUAUAUAUAUAUUUUUUAAAACAUUCAAAACUCAGUGUAAUCUGUCUGUAUAUAUCUAAUGCAAUCUUUGCACUGUAUUUAGGUUUUUAAGAGGGUUUUUGAUUUUUUUAAAUGGGAUCCUUGGUUACCUAUUGGUUGCACAGAACUCAACACUCCUGUACUGUACCCUCAUUGGUUAAAGCUUAAAGUUUACCAUGAGGGGGUUUAGUCGUCUUGCACUGAAAUAAGCAGCAUAUAAGAAAAGAAUAUAUAUGUUCUGAACUACAAACUUGCAUUACUGUGCCUGUUUUAAUGCAUGCUUAAGUAUUUAUGAUAAUGUCUUGUUCAUGUUAUAAUCAAUAGCAAGCUUGUGCUGUUGUGUAAAACUAACUGAUUUCAUAUUGAAUUAAUUAUAGUAAGUAUAACUUUAGGUUACAUUCAGUACUCACAUUUGGCAUUUUAAAAUGUAUUCUUGUUCAUGAUGUAUUAAUUGCUGUUUGUGUGUUCGGGUUAGGUAUGAAUUAUUGCAAUGACAUUUUCAUUACAGACACAUUAUAAAGUGUUACCAUUAUUUUCUACUCUAUUGCAUUGCUGCCUCUGUAUCAUCUAGUUUCACGUAUUAGGUAUUUACAUUUCAUAAGUGCACUUUCUUUACUAUACACUUUUUUCCCCAAUACAUAAAAACCAAGUCUGUUUUUUAUCUAGUAUAUUACUGUUUGGGUAUAUGGGUUUAAAACAGUUUUUCUACUUUAGCUUGAAGUUUUUUUUUUUUUUUUUUUUUACAUCUUUCUAUAGAGAUUCAUUUGUGAUUAUUAAUCCCUAAACUCAGGAAAGUGGAGAGGGGUUGAAACAAAGACAACUUUUAUGACUUGUUUAAAACAGUCAUUGUUGCAGCCUUGGCUACAGAAACUCCCUCCUUUCUACUCUAUAGAAGCCAGUCAGAUCUUGCACAAUGUGACUGAAACAGGGAGAUUCAGCCUUUACUGUAUAUAGUUUAUCACCUACUUGCCUGCAAAAGACAGGCAUACAGCAUUCAGUUCACUGGCAUUGCACUUACUGAUACACGAGUGCUUUAUGAAUACAAUGUUUCUGUUUACUUGUACGUUUAUUCAAAAUAUUGUUUUUAUGAAUAAAACUCAUUUUUCUACUUCUACUUGACAGGAGUGGCGACAGAUUUCUGAUUGCCAGGUCCACAUGAAAUAUUCUGUUUUUCUUUUAUUUUCAUUGAAUAUGUUGCUGUUAUUUGCAACCUUAACCAAGUGCUGUUUAAUCUGCAAGCUUGCUCCAGCCAAGAUUCAACUAGACAAAGGUUCAAGUAUUUUUAAAAUUCUGCAGUAAGCCGACACGGUUAUUAUUCAUCUUGGCAUAUUUUGAGUAUAUUGUACACUGGGCCACAUUCAAAAAGCAUUGACGUAAGUGCCAAUGUUACAGCAAGAAACUACUCGGGAGCACGGAGGAGCUCUUAAAUUAUCAUUCUGGAUUAAAAUUUAGAAAAAAAAGCCUGCUGUAAACAUAAAACAGCAUGCAGAUAGUAAAAGACAAACACCAGGUUUAUAAAAGUUGUGCAUUCCAGUUUAUUUUUAUUUAUUUUUUUUGUAUCAAAUAUUCCCAUAAUCAAACAGUCUGCUGUACAAAUUAAAACUCUGUUUUAACAUGCA